AUGGAUUUAUUUAAUACUUUGCCGAUAGGUGGAGAUGUACGUAUCAAAAAUUGGCCUUUGAUGCAAAGUGCUCUCCCUACUUUUAUCAUAUGUUUUAUCUAUAUAUCUUGUAUUGUAUUUGGACGAAAAUGGAUGAAAAAUCAAAAACCAUUUGAGCUACGUAAAUUUAUGUUUAUAUAUAAUUUUUUACAAGUAGUCUUCUGUACAUAUAUUACCUAUGAAGCAGUAUAUGUAUGGGCUGAUGAGAAAUAUAGUUUUGUAUGUGAACCUGUUGAUUAUUCAAAUAAAAGUAAUGCUAUUCGAGCAACUAAAGCAUGCUGGUGGUAUUAUAUUAUGAAAAUAGUCGAUUUAAUUGAUACAAUUAUUUUUGUAUUACGUAAAAAAGAUAAUCAAAUAACAUUUUUACAUGUUUAUCAUCAUUUGACAAUGAUGAUUUUUGGAUGGUAUGGAACAGCAUAUGUUCCAGGUGGCCAAUCAUUAUUCAUUGUUAUUAUAAAUUCUUUCAUUCACGUUAUUAUGUAUGCUUAUUAUGGUUUAAGUGCUUGUGGAAGUCAUAUUCAAAAAUAUCUUUGGUGGAAACGUUAUUUAACACAAGCUCAAAUAAUUCAAUUUAUUGCAGUUAUUAUUCAUUCAGUUAUUAAUAUAUUAGCACCAUGUAACUUUCCAAAAAUUUUUGAUCUUACAUUUCUACUCUAUGGCAUAACAAUACUUUUACUUUUUGCAAAUUUUUAUUUACAAAGUUAUAUAAAGAAAGGAAAACGUCGAAACGAAGUAAAAUCACAAUAA